AUGGCUACUCCAGCCCCUCCAAGAGUGUCCAGGAAUGUAUCCUUACCUGCUGGAAGGCAACCCCCCACUAUCGGGAUGCUGGCGAGACGGACUCUGUCAGAAAGUGACCUGGAGCCAGGCGCGGCCACUGCUCCCUCAGGCAGUUCAAGCAGUUCCAGUUUAUCGUCCAGGAGUAACGAGAGCAACACUGUUGCUGCUGAUCAGCAAGCAUCUCAAUCUGACUGGUCCGAGGAGGAUGAACCUUUGGCUGCCCAGUGGUCUGACAGCGUUCCACCGGCAAUUUUGAGCUCACUUGUACUUUGUGCUAAAAUCAGAAAACGGCAAGAAGUCAUACAUGAGCUAAUAGUCUCCGAAGGAUCUCAUCUCCGAUGGCUCCGCGUCCUGGGAAAUGUAUUCCUGAAGCCACUGGAACGCAGUGGUCUUCUGAUCCAGGAGGAGCUUCGGUCUCUCUUUCCUAACCUUCCAGCGGUCCGAGAACAUCAUGCAAGAUUGUACGGUGAUCUCAGGGCUGCGAGGAACGACGCCACCAACCACGUUGUGGAGAUAAGGCCAAUAGCCGAUGCAUUAUUAAAUACUCUUGGGGAGUCAGGCUACGCGUCAUGCGUGUCGAAGUUUUGCCGUGGGCAGCGCAUGGCGCUGGACGCUUUACGCGAGCGGCGCCGUAAGAACAAGGAGCUGCAGCAGUUCCUCGCCAGCCGCGAGCAGCUGCAGGUCUGUGGCCGCCUGCAACUCCGGGACAUGUUAGCCUGUGUCUGGCAGAGGUUGACAAAAUACCAGCUCCUUUUGGAAGGUAUCCUUAAGACAGCGGACAGCGAGAACGAGAGCUCAGAGGAUAUCGCUAAGCUAAGGAAAGCUCACAUAGUGGCGAAGGAAGUUCUACAUAAAGUUGACACAGCCAUACGGACGGCUGAAAAUGAGCACAGAUUACGAACGAUCCAAAGUAAACUAGAAGUACGUGUUCCAAGUUCAGUCCCGGAAAUGGAAGAACUGAGGCGGCUGGACCUCACGCAGCACACGCUAUGCAACGAGGGUGAACUGACUCUCCGGAAUGACUCCAGCAAGAGGAUUAAUGUUCUCGCAUUGAUGUUAGAAGACAGCCUAGUGCUACUGCAGCGUGAAGGUGACAAAUUCAUUUUGAAACCGUUUCCUCAACCAAACCAACAACAGCCUUUACCACCGCUUAUCAGAUGGGACAAAGUGCUGUUUAGGCCGAAUGCAGCGGUCCGCAACACGUUCUUCUUGAUGAACAUCAAUGCUAUGCAGAUGCACGAGUUGUCUGCCAGUUCAGCGCCCGAGUAUGCCUCAUGGGUGAAGCACAUUCAGGAGGCGCCAUUAGCGAAACUGACGGAACUGAAAGCAAGUAUCACGCCAUCCCACCAACCCAGCCGGUCAACUGAUGAUUCAGGUGUGAAUGUAUCUCGCAACCCAUCAGACGCUUCGGAAAAAUCUUCGUCAACCGUACCGUUAGACGAGCCAGUGGAACCUGAGCGAUCCGUCGACAGGACAUCGACCGAGAUCGACGAAAAGGAAAGAGAAGAGACCAACAGUGUAGAAAGAGAAGACAGGAGUUCAGUCGACAAGGAGGAAGAGAAAGAAGAGAAGCAUAAGCCCCGGCGCCCCACGGUGGGCCGCAUCAGCACGCACGGCGCCGCCCCCGGCGCGCUCGAGCCGCCCGCCGCGCUCUGCGUCAGCGCGCCCGCCGCCGCCGCCACCGCCGAGAGAGCCUUCACCGACCACGAACGUCUUCGUCGACUGGACGAUGUGAUUAACCGAGCCCUCCGCGCUAAGAGUCAAAUCGUAGGCAACGCUCUGGGAGUUCCACCACAGUCUUACACGCAUUUAGCCGACCUCGCCGUGGCCGAAGCACUCGGUGAAGUUGAUGUAUCCGGUGAACUGAGAUUAUCUCGUGGGCAGUUGUCACGGAGCAACAGCGUAGAUGAAGACGUACCCCCACAACAACCUGAUCUGUAUCAACUGUUACUUGCGGCACACGCGCAAGCGACUCAGCUGACCCGCUACGUGCAGCGCGCGCUGACGGUGAGCGAGGCGGACGCGGUGGCGGCGCGGGCGCGCGCGGGACGCUGCGGCGCGUGCACACGAACACGCGACCACCAAGAAUCGUUCGAAGUGAUCUCUCACCCCGACGAGGAGGAGGUGGAGUGCGACAGCUCCGCGGUGACGGAGGCGCUGCAGCGCGAGCUGAGCGAGGCGCUGGGGCCGCAGGCCGCGUACGACUGUGCGCACGAUGACGGCGCAGAUGACGCGCUCGAGUGCAGAGGCAGUGCGGCGCUGCUGGCGGCGCGCGUGGCGGCGGCGUCGCGCGGGCUGCACGCCGCCCUGGCGCGCCUCGUGUGCGCCGCGCCGCCGCCGCACGCGCACCGCGCCCUGCGCGCGCACCUCGCCGCGCUGCGCGACCAGAACGACGCGCUGCGCGCCCACCGCCUGCACGAUAACCAAACGAACGAGGAGAUCCCCUUCCCGAAACCAGGAUUGGAUCCAUCUAUACAGGAGCAUCCGAGCAACGGGGGGUGA